AUGGCGACGUCGAAGCAAGUUUUCCUCGAGAGUACCGCUGCCAAUACGCACCCGUUCUCCGUAGAGGGGAAGACAGCAAUCGUGACAGGUGCUGGAUCUGGCAUCUGCCUCUCUUUCGCUGCCCUCCUCCUCUCAAAGAAUUGCAACGUCGUCUUCGGCGACCUCUCCCUCCGCCCCGAAGCUCAGAAAGUAGUCGACACAUACUCCUCCAAGACAGCUGGCAAACCCCGCGCGGUGUUUCAGAAAACAGACGUAACAGAUUGGGCGCAACUCUCCCGCCUGUUCGACGUCGCCGAUGCCGAAUUCGGCGGCCUGGAUAUCCUCUGCCCCGGAGCAGGAGUCUACGACCCCUACUUCAGCAACUUCUGGCACCCGCCCGGCUCGCCAGAGUCGAAAGACCCAGUGGCUGGCAACAGCUACGCCAGCCUGGACAUCAACCUGACGCACCCAAUCCGCUCAACGCAGCUGGCUAUAUCACAUUUCCUGGAUUCGAGCAAGGGCGCGAAGGUCUCCCUCACGAACCCCAAGCGCGUGGUCAUUAUCAGCAGCAUCGCGGGCCAAUGCGCGAACCUCUGCACGCCGCUCUACGUCGCAGCUAAACACGGCAUGAACGGCUUCAUCCGCUCGCUGGGGCCGCUCGACGCGACAAUCGGCGUGAGGGUCAACGGCGUUGCGCCGGGGUUGAUCAAGACGCCGCUGUGGACGGAGCACCCGGAGAAGAACAAGUUUGUGGAUCAGGGGAAGGAUCAGUGGGCGACGCCAGAGGAGGUGGCCGAGGCGAUGCUGAAGUGUAUGGAGGAUCCGGAGAUGGGUGGGGGAACGGUGUUGGAGGUGGGGAAGGAUCAGACGAGGAAGGUGGCCAUGUUGAAUGACCCGGGGCCCAGGGGGGAUGGGAAUAGGGUUAGUAAGAUGCAGGUGGGUUUGGAUGAGGUGUUUGAGUGGCUGGGGCAGGAUGGGUGGGGGAAGGCUUAG